AAAUCCAAUAAACAAAACCCUAAUUAACAAAACUUUGGAAUAUACCCCACCAUUUUCAAUGCCACAGUAUAAAUACUAGACGAACUUCAUCACGUCAAACCCACCACAUGUUCAUACUUCACAAUUAUAUAUAAAACAUUCAUACCCUUUCUCUCUUCAGAUCCUUUCUAACCAAUACAACACAACCCACUUUGAAUUCUACAUUAAAGCUUCAAUCUUUAUACAUAUUCUUGAAUCUUGAUACUGUAGUAGUAGUGGUUUAAUCUUGAUGGGUCCGCCUCAGUGCGUGUUGGUGACCGGUGGUGCCGGUUAUAUCGGCAGUCAUACUGUAUUGCAGCUGUUGUUGGAAGGUUACAAGACGGUGGUUGUUGAUAAUUUUGAUAAUUCAUCUCAAGUUGCUAUCAAUCGAGUUCAGAAACUUGCUGGUGAUCAUGGCUCUAAUCUGUCUUUUCACAAGAUGGAUAUCCGGAACAAACCGGCAUUAGAGGAGCUUUUUGCAUCCACAAAGUUUGAUGCUGUUAUACAUUUUUCUGGAUUAAAGGCGGUCGGUGAAAGUGUGAAGAAGCCCUUAAUGUAUUACGACAAUAAUCUCAUUGGUACUUUAACUCUAUUAGAAGUUAUGGACGCCUACGGGUGCAAAAAGCUUGUGUUUUCAUCAUCGGCAACGGUUUACGGUUGGCCAAAAGAGGUACCCUGCACCGAAGAGUUUCCGUUAUCUGCAGCCAACCCAUAUGGACGAACCAAGCUGAUGAUUGAGGAGAUAUGCCAGGAUCUAUAUGCUUCGGAUAAUAAAUGGAAAAUAAUAUUAUUGCGGUAUUUUAACCCUGUUGGUGCACACCCUAGCGGUGAUAUCGGUGAGGACCCACGUGGGGUCCCCAACAAUCUUAUGCCGUUUGUCCAGCAAGUAGCCGUUGGUAGACUACCGACACUAAGAGUUUUUGGAACUGACUACUCAACGAAAGAUGGAACAGGGGUACGGGAUUAUAUCCAUGUUGUAGAUUUAGCAGACGGACACGCUGCUGCGUUGAGGAAACUCUCCGACCCUAAAAUAGGUUGUGAAGCGUACAACUUGGGAACCGGUAAAGGCACAUCUGUUUUGGAGAUGGUAGCAGCAUUUGAAAAGGCAUCGGGAAAGAAAAUUCCUCUUGUAAUGUCUGACCGUCGACCUGGUGAUGCUGAGGUCGUAUAUGCAUCAACGGAGAAGGCUGAACUCGAGUUGAACUGGAAGGCGAAAUAUGGAAUAGAUGAGAUGUGUAGAGAUCAGUGGAACUGGGCGAGUAAGAACCCAUACGGUUAUCUAACGAAAGAGGAAGCCAAACAAAAGUAAAAAGGAAAAUUGGACGGUUUUCAUUCAUAUUUUAUGGCAGUAUUUAUUCGGUUACUAUGAAGCAUUAGUUCAUGAAUAUUCUAAAAUAGCAUCAGGCUUAGUGUUUGGAGUGAUAUGUUCUUAGUUUCUUUCUUUUCUGUAAUUAUUAGUUGGUUUUUUUUUUUUUUUUUUUUUUUUUUUUCUACAUAGAUGUUAAUGUAGUCGCGCUAACGCAGAAAGAACAUAUAGGUCGGUUUCUUGUAUAUCGGACGUGGUAUUUGUGUAGUGAUCUGUUCUUUUAUUCAUUA